AUGUCUGAUUACGACCGAAUUUUCCAACAGUCGGGUGCUCGCGUUGCCGGUACUUGGGGUGCCCCGGCCUCGAAUCAAGCGACCUCUACUACGAACCAAGCGUCUCAGUGGCAAGCCAGUGGUCCAUCUGCUUCCAGUCACGAAUUCUCUGACGAGGAGGACGAUGAGGAUGAAGAAUACGCUCCUUUGCAAAUGACCGGUUGGGGUACGCAAGCGCAGUCGCAGCCCAAUGCAGCGACACCUCAGGUCAAUGUAAGUAUGGGCGGAUGGGCAUCGCUCAUCGAUCCCACGGCGGGUGGUAUUGGUUCCGGUGGUCUGCAUCGUCGAGGUGCCAAUUACAAGCCUGUGGAUGAAAGCUACAUUCUCGCCCAACGUUUGAACAAACAGACUCCCAAACCUCCCGGUACUGGUAAGAAAAGCCGAGGCGGCAAAUCCGGUGGUUCUAAAACCAAGUCGGCUUCCAAACCCAAGUCGGCUUCCAAACCCAAGCCAGCUCACAAACCUCCUCAGCCCCAUACGGCUCCAGCCGUUCACACUUCGGCUCGUAUGCCAACCGCGACUCGUGCUCGUGUGAUUAGAGAACGUGAUGUCAGUGGAGCUGCGGUCAACAGUUGGGCUUCGGGACAAUUGGCCUCCACACCUUUCUGGGAGCAAAAGGGCGUUGCUGCUCCACCAGCCAACACGGCUUCCACUGCUUCCAAAUGGGCUACUCCCGAAUCGCAUCAAUGGGCUCAAACCGCGGCGCCGGCACCUGUUCCUGCUCCCGCUCCCCCCGUUUCCCAAGCUCCUCCAGCUCCCGUACCUCAGUCGGCAUCCAUGCAAUCCCAGUACGCUCCACCUCCAGAUGCCAACGCAUCAAAAUAUGCUUCGACUCCCAGCGGUUCGACUGCGUCUAAAUACGCUUCCGGUUCGACGGCUUCAAAGUAUGCCCCUUCGAGUGGUUCCAUGGCGUCCAAGUACGCUACACCUUCUCCCUCGGCAGGAUCUCUGGAAUCGAAAUACGCAACCCCAUCUACAUCCAGUGAACCUUCUCCCUCCACAUCCUCGGUGCCGUCGGCCAGUGCACCUGAACGAAAGGCCAUUUUCUCAUUCAACAUUGAACUGGCUGCCGGCUUCUAUGCUCCGCUCAACGUAUACGAGAUGGAGAACUACAUGGACUUAGUGAAUGCGUUUGAAGCCCGCCAUCAACUGAAAAUCGAAGAACAUGCCAAACAGGCUUUUGCACAAAAGAUUGAAGGUUUGGUACGAGACCAACUGAACAUCAGACGUCAACUGAAUGCAUAA